CCAACUUGUUCGUUCACACGCACAAUAGUAAAUGUUGGUAUAUGAAAAGUGAUGUAUGGUGAAUACCAUGAACAAUUGUUUCACUAGGAAGAUCGACAGUGCAGUAUUCAAUCAAAUGGACCUAUGAUGCUAAUAAGUUUGUUUUUUAAGUUAAACAUCUAACCAUGGCUAUCUGCUAUAAAUGUUGCAAUAUUGAAAUAUAAAGAAUUAAAUACAAAUUAAACUUUUGUAUUAAACCAAUUGGAAAUAUAUAAAGUGCAUGGACCACAUAAAAUUAAACAAAUAUAAUGCAGUCUCAAUUAGCAGCAACACCACGAAAAUUACCAGUUUUUGUAUUUCCACAAAAUAUCACUUUCUUUUUAGACGAUCAAUCUACUCAUAAACAAGUUUUAACUUUAUAUAACCCAUAUGAUUUUCCAAUAAGAUUUAAAGUAUUAUGCACUGCACCAAAUAAAUAUAAAGUUGUUGAACCAGAAGGAACAAUAAAUCCAAGAUGUUGUAUUGAUAUUGUUGUAAGACAUACAUCUCUUAUAUCUAGUAAUUGUAAUGUUGUUGAUAAAUUUAGAAUACAAAUGCAAGAACAUCCAUCGAAAUUGGCUAUAGGAAAAAGAGAUGUUGAAGCUAAAUUACUUCCGGGAACAACAGAAACAACUGGAAGAUCUACACCAGAUCCUGAAAUGUUUCAACAACUUCCAAUAAAUGAAAAUAGACAGCAACAAUCUUAUGCUCUUAUAGCUCAAAAUAAAGCAAUUGAUAAAUACACAUCAAAAUCAAUAAAGUUACAAUAUGAUUUAUUUCAUGGAAAUAUUCAAAAUAAGAAUACAAAAAUGUACCUGUCAUCAGAUAUGAAGUAUGCUAUGGAUAAAGGAGGAACAAAUUAUGUAGCACUAAUUGCUGGAAUCAUUUGUAUAGUUGGAUUACUUUUACCUACAGAAGGAGAACAGAAUAAUAGAGUGCCUGAUUAUCUUCAUCUCUCCAUAAACUUUAAAUUAAUAUUUUCAUUUGUAUUAGGUAUGGUCACAAUUAUUAUUUUAAGGUUGUAAUUUUUUGUCUUUAUACAUAUAAAAAAACUUUAUACAAUGAUUAGAAUCAUGAAAUAAAAGCACAAUUAAUGAUAGGUUUUUUUUUUGGCAUUGAGCCUUUUUUUUGUUACUGAAUAUAUUCCGAUUCUAGUCUUAAAUAAUAAGCUGUCAUUAUAUUGUGACUAAAAAUAUUUAUUAAAUCUUUUAUUCUUUUAAUGAUGCUAAAUAUUCUUGUUCAAGUUUGUGCUUCAUUGCCUUAUGUAUGCAUAAAACAAAUUUGUACAUAUAUUCAAAUUUUAACGAAAAAUUAUAGCCUUUUUACAUAUUUCAAAUUAAAAUAUAAAAAUAUAUUAAUAUUUAUAUCAAAAUCUACAUUUCGAUUAAAGUGCUUUGUUUAUAAAAGCAUUAUGUACAAAAACAUCAUUAAUAAUUAAUAAUUAUGCACAUAUUCUUAAAAAAA